ACCGUUGUCAACUUCUACGCGAUGUAUACGCCCCGCUUGAUAAAAUACUAAGAAAUCGUCUAAAGUUUUCAGCAUGAGAAAGAACUUUAAAAUAUUGCAUUAAUAUUUUUAUUUGUGUUAUUUUGUGCUAGAAAUCUACAAUAUGUCAGUAAGUGCAAGUGCAGAAAACCUUUCGACGGAUGCACAGAGUUGUGAUGGAGGAUCCAUGUGUCUCGAGCUCGCUCUCGAAGGUGAGAGGCUCUGCAAGGCUGGCGACUGCAAAGCAGGAGUAGCCUUCUUCCAAGCGGCGAUACAGGCGGGAACAGAUGACCUACGCACUCUGAGCGCAAUAUACAGCCAAAUGGGCAACGCUUAUUUCUACCUUGGUGAAUACCAUAAAGCAGUGCAGUACCACCGACACGAUCUAACUUUAGCAAGAACCAUGAAUGAUAAGCUGGGCGAAGCCAAAGCUUCAGGUAAUCUAGGCAACACGCUUAAAGUAAUAGGAAAGUUCAAUGAGGCCAUACAGUGCUGCCUCCGACACCUGGAGAUCUCUCGCUCCCUGGGCGACAGAAAUAGCGAGGGUAGAGCUCUGUACAACCUGGCCAACGUAUACCAUGCCCAAGGUAAACAUCUGGGAAAGGUCGGACAAAACGAUCCGGGACAUUUUCCCCAAGAGGUGCGCGAAUGCCUUUUACAAGCAGUCAACUAUUAUGAACAAAAUUUGGUACUCAUGCGUGAGCUGAACGAUCGCCUAGCCAUCGGUCGGGCUUGCGGCAACCUAGGAAACACUUAUUACCUGCUUGGUGAAUUUAACGUAGCUGUUCAGUACCACACGGAGCGACUGGAAAUGGCCAAGGAAUGUAAAGACAAGGCAGCCGAAAGACGCGCCCACAGCAAUCUUGGAAACUCACACAUUUUCCUCGGGCAGUUUGAGAACGCGGCCGAUCAUUACAAACAGACUUUGGCGAUUGCCGAAGAAUUAAAAGACGAAGCGGUGGUCGCACAAGCCUGCUACUCCUUAGGAAAUACGUACACGUUACUCCGGGAGUAUAGAAUUGCGGAAGAGUACCAUGCUAGGCACCUGGAGGCGGCCAGGAAGCUUCAGGAUCGAGUUGGCGAAGGCAGGGCCUGUUGGUCUCUGGGCAACGCCCACGCGGCUCUCGGCAACCACGAGAAAGCAUUGUAUUAUGCCAUUGAACAUUAUACCAUAUCGAAAGAGAUCUGUGAUGUGCUGGGGAUGGCCACGGCACAGAUGAACAUCAACGAUCUCCGCAAGGUGCUCGGACUCCCGCCCCUCGCCGAGGCCGCCGCAGCUCAGCCCGCCCCGCAAGACCAAGCCGGCUCGAGCCAGACGCCCUUCAACGCCCUUCGCGUGAGGAGGCAGAGCAUGGAACAGCUGUCCCUGAUACAAUUGACACCCGACGGUAAGAAGGACCCCGAGGACGCCCAGAAGAAAGCCGUGCUGAUGCGUUCGGAAUCCGAAGACAGCCCCAUGGAGUCCUUCCUCGAUUUGCUAUCCAAAUACCAAUCCGAGAGGAUGGAUGAGCAGCGAGCCACCCUCGUGGAGACCAAAGAAAUCCAAGAGACACCCAAACCAACUGAGAAGCCGAAGCCCAGCUCCAGCAAACUGUUCCGCUCUUCCAGCAGCGGCAGCAAGCAGUACGAUUCGAACGAGGCGCUCUUGGACAUGAUCACCGAUCUCCAGUCCGAGCGCAUGGACUCCCAGCGCGCCGAGCUGCGCCCGAUCAAAAAGAAGCUGUCCAAGGAAAUGAAGGGGACCUCGCUACCCGGCCUCCGCACCGCCCGCGUCGCCGGCGCCAAGCCGGAGGACGAUUUCCUCGACAUGAUUGCUCGUGUACAGGGCACCCGGCUCGACGAUCAACGGACCGAGAUGCCUCGUCCCAAGGCCGACCCUCGUCCCAAGACCGUGCCCGAUGACGAUUUCUUCGCUCUGAUCAUGAGGGCCCAGUCUGGACGUAUGGAGGACCAACGAGCUGCCAUUCCGAAGCCGGCCGAGAACCGACAGAGCAAGCCGGCCCCCAAGCCGCGUAAAUAGCUAUUGCACCACGAAGUGCUCAUCUAAAGAGCACAAAGUUGAUUCGAUCGGACGCCGCCGCAGAAACACUGAGAACCAUCCAUCAUAAUCAGGACAACAUCGAGCGGCGCAACCACGAUUCGAACAACUAGAGUUGGCAUUGACCAACCAACCAACCAAGCAAAUAAAUCGUCUUCUCGCAUUAAAACUGUAUUAUCUCAAAACUUACUAAUAUUACAGGAGAGUGUUUUAAAGGUUUAAAAUGUUAUAUUUAUAAUAUU